AUGUCUAACCCAUUAUCACGCUACAGACUUCUCUACAAAAAGGUUGCUAGGCCAAACAAUAUCACUCCGUUCUCGAAGCAUGUCUUUAUGCGUUCUCAGAACAAGCACCAGCAUAUGUCUGACAGGCUUGGCAAACGUGAGGAUCCUAAGAGUUCUACUCAUGUUCAUCUUAAAGAGCCAUUUACCAACACUGAGCUCCAUCUCAUUGGAACUAUGAACACUAACACAAUGCUUGCUAGGAGAACAAGGAAGUUGAUUAGAGAAAUCCAGCCAGAUUCUGUCUUCGUGAUGGCAUCACCCAAGUGGUGGGACAGUGCAAGACUCAUUGAAGGAGUCCAUUCCCAAGAGGAUUUUGAGAAAUAUCAUGAUGCCGUCUUAGGAGGCAUCAAUGAAUGCAAGGUUGAUAUGUCUCAUUUCAGAGGAGCUGUCUUCAGAGCAAGAAUGUUCAUUUUGAAACUAGCACUCAACUUCGCUUAUAGGCCAGGAAGUCACUUCAAAUUCUAUUAUCCAGGACUUGAGAUCAAAUAUGCUUGUGAGGAAGCAGAGAAACUUGGAGCUGAACUUCAUUUCUUGGGCCCAGAACUAAACAACAUCACUUGGAGGAGACUUUAUCAUGAGCACAGGCUAAACAUGGGGAAUGUAUUUUAUAAGUUAUAUGAGUUUGGAGGUACCAGAUGGGAAGGAGAGCAUUACCAACAGAUCCAGAAAUUGCAACUCACUACUCCAUCUUCUUAUGUUGAGAGUUGUUGUGAUACUUAUAAUAUUAACUGGUAUAUUCAGAGCUUAGACAUAAUGUUCCCAUAUUUGAAGAGAAUCCUUAUUGAUAAAAGAGACAUGGCCUUGUAUAAAUACAUCACCAGAAAUGCUAAAGAAGGACAAAAAAUUGUUGCAGUUGUUAACCAGUGGCAUAUGGAGGGAAUUGAACAUCUCUGGGCUCAUGAAUAUGGAAUGCUUCCAAGAAGUCAAUCAAUCACUGAAGAAAUUGAUCCAAUCGGUGAUAUGCCAUUGAAGGAAGGUCUGUUUGAUAUGCUUUACAAUGCUUUCCAGAGAGAAUUAAAGAAUGCUCACUCCAACACGACGCCAGCCUCUUACUCCAACAUGAUGAACACUUAUCAUAGAGAGCAGAAUUGGCAAUAUGAGCAUAGGAAUAUGUAA